AUGGCCAAAACCGACACCAUCCUCGACACAAUCGGCAACACGCCACUUUUACAGCUGCGAAACAUUGUCCCAAGCAACGGCGCACGCAUCUUGGUAAAAGUCGAGAGCCCAAAUCCCACAGCCAGCAUGAAAGAUCGAAUGGCACUCGCCAUGAUCACAGCGGCCGAAGCAGACGGCAGAUUACAGCCCGGCGGCGCCGUGGUCGAAUACACCGGCGGCAGUACGGGCGUGUCUCUCGCCCUGAUAUGCGCAGUGAAGAAGCACCCUCUUUACAUUGUCACAUCCGACGCAUUUGCCAAAGAGAAACUCGAUCACAUGAGGCUGCUCGGGGCAGAAUUGACCAUCAUCCCCAGCGAGAAUGGCAAGCAAACGGAAGAACUUACCAGAACCAUGAUCCGAGAGGCUCACCUCCUAGCUGAGAAGAAGGGCGCAUACAUCACCGCUCAGAUGGACAAUACGGACCAACUUGCAGCCUAUUCCACGCUCGCCGAUGAGCUCUGGGAACAGGCAGGUGGUCGGAUUGACGCUUUUGUGCAGAGCAUCGGGUCGGCGGCUUGUCUGCGUGGCACGUCAGAGCGUCUUCGGCAUCAUAGUGACAAAACUCGCUUUGUUGCGGUCGAGCCUGCAGAAUCGGCGGUUCUGUCUGGCGGUCCAACUGGGGCGCAUAAUAUUGAUGGCAUUGGCGCUGGGUAUGUGGUGCCUUUGUGGCAGGAUGGUAUGGCGGAUGAGAUUAAGACUGUUUCGACAGAUGAGGCUCGCAAGAUGGCUUUUAGGAUGGCGCGUGAGGAGGGUUUGUUUUGUGGUUUGUCUACGGGGGCGAAUGUUGUGGCAGCGUUGCAGGUCGCGGAGGGUCUUGGUCCUGAUGCGACGGUUGUUACGAUGAUGUGUGAUUCCGGGAUGAAGUAUUUGUCUAACUUUUCGCGACAUUUGGAAGUUUAG